AUGUCAGGUGAUAAUAACAAGACUAUAUUAUUUUAGCACACUUUAUUAAAAGUUACUCAGAAAUUGCUAAAAAAUGGAUGAUAAAUAUGAAACGGUGAAGCUAUGUUACACAAUACACAAAUACUCGAGUCAUUCGGCCAAUUAUAUACCAGAAAAUAUAAUGGUGAACAAUCCAUCGGAUCAACUCUCGAGAUGGUUUACGGACAGCAACACGCCCUCACAGUAUAUAAUGUUGAAAAUAAAAGCGCCUGCUAUUGUGGAAACUAUCAAAUUCGGGAAAUACAUUAAAGCUCACGUCAGUGACCUGAAGAAAUUCCAAAUAUUAGGAGGCACAGACGAACACAACUUGUCUGUGUUGUUAUCAGCCGGGCUCAAGAAAGACAGUGCACCAGAGGUGUUCAGGCUCCGACACAGGACCACAGAAGGCCUGUACUUGCCGGUGCAGUACCUGAAGAUAGUGCCGCUGCAGUCCUGGGGCCCGGCAUACAACUACACCAUCUGGUAUGUGGAGCUGCAGGGGAAGACGCAUGAAGAUCUGAUGGCCAGUGUGCUAGAUACUAUUAAUUUGCGCAAAGAGGAAGAAGCAGUCCGAAUGCUCCUAAAACACUUGCGCCGCCGCCGCUACAAGGACGCCUUCGAGGCGCUGUCGCGCGAGAGCGGCGUGCGGCUCGAGGGGGAGCUGCAAGCGCGGCUGUGGCACGCCCUCGUCGAGAACGGGGACUACAAGCUGGCGGAGGAUAUCCUGGACGAGGCGGUCACUGAAGGCGAAUUCGACUGGUACAUGUCGUGGCAGCCGUACACGCCCGUGUGGCGCGAGAUGUCGGGCUGCUCCGUGCAGGUGGAAGACCGAUUAUGCUGCGACACGCCGCCCCCGCAGCGCUCCAACGAACUGUCGUGCGCCGACCGCGAGCCGCGACCGCUCGAUGCGGAGGUGCCCGUCAACGGCGAAUCAUCAGAGUGCGAUAUCACUUGCUGUACCAAACCCGGACCUCGCGGCGGCCACCAACUAGUAGUGGACUCUACUACUGGCACGCUGUACCUGUUCGGCGGCUGGAACGGGACGGAAGACCUCGACGACUUGUGGUCGUACGACACGGAGACGGAGCGCUGGGCGCUCCUCUGCCGGCACAGCGGGCUCGAGAGCGGACCCUCGCCGCGUUCGUGCCACAAAAUGGUGUUCGACCCCGUGCACAGAAGGUUAUACACGCUGGGGCGGUAUCUGGACAACGCUCAGCGAGUGCCCAGCAAUAUGAACAGCGACUUAUACAUGUACGACGUGCCCACCAGCCAGUGGUCGCUAGUAAUGGCCGACACAGCAGCGGCGGGCGGGCCUCGCCUUGUGUUCGACCACCAGAUGUGCAUCGACAGCGACACGCGCACCGUAUACGUGUUCGGGGGCAGAGUGCUGCCACACAACACGGAGGAAGCCGCAACACCACAAUACUCCGGGCUGUACGCGUACUACUUAAACACGAACACCUGGCAGCUGUUACUCGCUGACAGGCACUCGCUGCCCGCGCCGCAGCCGCGCGUGUCGCACUCCAUGCUGUUCCACCCGGUCCAACGCAAGCUGUACAUCUUCGCGGGGCAGCGCAACAAGGAGCACCUGCUGGACCUGUGGUGGUGGGACGUGGGGUCGGGCUCGUGCGGCGCGCUGAGCCGCGGCGCCGCCGCCUGCCCGCCGCCCGCCGCCGGCUUCACGCAGCGCGCCACGCUCGACCCCGACACCGACGAGCUGUUCGUGCUCUCGGGUAUGAGCAAAGAGAAAGACAAGCGCGUGUACAACACAUUAUGGGUGUUCUCGCUACGGCGUCUGACCUGGACGUGCGUGUACCGGAACGACAGUAUCGCGCCGCACGAGCCGCGACCGCGCUUCGCCCACCAGCUGGUCUACGACCCCGUGCGGAAGAUACACUACCUAUUCGGCGGCAACCCCGGCAACCAGAACAGCCUCCGCCUCCGCCUCGACGACCUCUGGGCGCUCCAUUUAAAACGAGCGUCCAUUGAGAAAGUCUCCAGAGAAGCCAAACUCGCACUGAGAGAAGCCUGCUUUAGAGAGCUGGCGGCGACACCCGGAAGAGACACCAUGGCACUAAAGUAUCUGAGGAAGGAGCUACACGAUGUAUUGGAUCACAACAACCCUGAGGAGGUGAGUCGCUUCCACGCGCUGGCGACGGUGCUGUUCUCGGGCGGCGCGACGGCGCGCGGCUGCGUGGCGCUGACGCCGCGCCGCGUGCGCACGCUGGCGCGCCGCCGCGCCGCACGCGCCGCGCCACCCGACCUAGCACACGCCCUGCACGCGGUGCUAGGUGCCGACGAAUCGAUCCCCGAGCCCCCGACGCCGUACGAGGACGUGUCGGCGGAGGCGCCCGACACGUGGGACGUCGGCGAGGACGACGACUGCGGCGCCGGCGACGCCGACUGGGCGGCGCGGCACGCCCGAGUGCUGCUCUACGACAGCCUGUGCAGAUACUUCCGGCCGAGCAAGGUGCCGCCACAGCGGGAUAUAGCGGACCUGGUGGCGCUGUGAGGU